ACCAAAACCCUUUUUUCAGUUCGUCUUCCUUCUCAUUCCUUUCAGCCGAUAAUAACCCACAAUAAAAGAAAGGGAAAAAAGCUAAACCCAAGAUUGCUAGUUUGUUAGUCCAUUUGAGCCAUGGCGCUGUAUUUGCUAUACGAGUCGGCGUCUGGUUACAGUCUGUUUCUCGCUAACGGUCUCGAUGAAAUUGGACAAAACACAGAAGCUGUUCGUAAUUCCGUCGCGGAUCUUAACCGUUUCGGCAAAGUUGUUCAGUUAACUGCUUUUCUUCCCUUUGAGUCUUCUUUAGAUGCACUCAAUCAGUGUAACUCUCUCUCUGAAGGGCUUAUGACGGAUGAGUUAAGGAGCUUUUUAGAGCUUAAUCUCCCAAAAGUUAAGGAAGGUAAGAAGGCUAAGUUUAGUUUAGGAGUUUCUGAGCCCAAGUUGGGUUCACAUAUCUUUGAAGUGACUAAAAUACCUUGCCAAAGCAAUGAAUUUGUUCUUGAGCUUAUUCGUGGUGUCCGUCUACACUUUGAAAGAUUCAUCAAGGACCUAAAGCCUGGUGACUUGGAGAAAGCCCAACUUGGUCUGGGUCACAGUUAUAGCAGGGCAAAGGUCAAGUUCAAUGUCAACCGAGUUGACAAUAUGGUUAUUCAAGCAAUUUUCCUUCUCGAUACUCUUGAUAAGGAUAUCAAUUCUUUCUCAAUGAGAGUCAGAGAAUGGUACUCUUGGCAUUUUCCUGAGUUAGUGAAGAUUGUCAAUGACAACUAUCUCUAUGCAAAACUUGCCAAGUUCAUAGAAGACAAGGCUAAGUUGUCUGAAGAGAAAAUCCCUGAAUUGACAGACAUACUUGGUGAUGAGGAUAAGGCAAAAGAGGUUGUAGAAGCUGCCAAGGCAUCAAUGGGGCAGGAUUUGUCCCCAAUUGACUUGAUUAAUGUCCAGCAGUUUGCUCAGAGGGUAAUGGAUCUAUCUGAGUAUAGGAAGAAGUUGUACGAUUAUUUGGUUACUAAGAUGAAUGAUAUUGCACCCAAUUUGGCCUCCUUGAUUGGUGAAGUUGUUGGGGCUCGUUUGAUUUCUCAUGCUGGUAGUCUUACAAAUCUGGCUAAAUGCCCUUCUUCUACACUUCAGAUUCUUGGUGCAGAGAAGGCAUUGUUCAGGGCAUUGAAAACUAGAGGAAACACACCAAAAUAUGGUUUGAUCUUCCAUUCAUCCUUUAUUGGUCGAGCAUCUGCUCGCAACAAGGGACGCAUGGCUCGUUAUCUAGCAAACAAAUGCUCUAUAGCCUCUCGCAUUGAUUGUUUUUCAGAUAAUGGCACUACCAUAUUUGGUGAGAAACUAAGAGAACAAGUUGAGGAACGAUUAGAUUUCUAUGACAAGGGAGUUGCACCUCGUAAAAACAUCGAUGUGAUGAAAGCUGCAAUUGAAAGUGCUGAAAAUAAAGAGGAUGAUAUGGAAACAGAAGAAGUCAGUCCUGUACCUUCAACAAAGAAAAGCAAGAAAAAGAAAUCAAAAUCUGAGGCUGCAGAGGAUGGUGAAGAUGUGGCUGAGGAUAAACCAACAGUUGCUGCAAAUGAAGAAGCUUUGGAGGAUGCUAAAUCAGAGAAGAAAAAGAAGAAGAAAGAGAAAAGAAAAUUGGAGCAAGAGCAGGCUGUGGAGAAAUCAAAUGGAGUGAAUGGGGUUGAUGCCGAGCAGGAUGGAGCUAACAAGAAAAAGAAAAAGAAGAAGAGUAAAGAUGAAGAUGUAGAGGAUGUGAAGCCUGCCAGUGAAAUGAAGAAGAAAAAGAAGAAGAAAUCAAAAAGCGAAGAUGAUGAAUGAAAUUUUGACAGGAUGUAUUUGAGUUUAUUACAUAAGUGGAAACUGUUUGCCAUCAGAGUUUUGAAUUGUAGAAGUGGCGUUUAACUGAUCUGUUAUUAGUAUGAAUUAUGAAAAGAUUAGGUGUCCUAAGAACUAUAAAAUAUUCAGCUGUUAUUCUAUUAUGGGCUUGUUUUGUUAA